AGGACUAUAAUGUUUUAAAUUGAGACAUGACAAUAAACGUUAGUGUGAGCAUGCUCUCGUGCUUCUGUGAGAAUCACUGCCCCGACAACAAACCAAAUGGAACCUGUUAUACUGUUGGGGACGGUAGAUGCUUUGCUCAAAUCGAAGAACUGACCCCGAAUGGUGGAGAAACAAAAAUUACUCGGGGUUGCACACCUCCAGAAACAGGCAGUGUAUUUCAAUGCAAAGCUAAGAAACACUAUUUUCGAAAGGAAAUUCAGUGUUGCGAUACAACUAUGUGUAACAUAAAUCUUCAUCCUCAAUUGCCCCCGAGAGAAAUUUUCGAAACCUCAGAAAAUUCAUUUACACCUGGAGGUGUGUUCUACCUUACUGCAAUCAUCUGCACAGUCCUCCUGUCUUUCACAAUUAUAGUUGCUGCAAUCAUAACUUUCUAUUUAUCAUGGAGACGCAAAAAUGCAGCGAAGCAGGUGUCUCUUUUGGGCGGGCUAGGCUCAAAUAAAAAACCCACAGACUCAAAUUUGUACAAACAUCCAAUUGCCUCAAUUGCGCUAGACCGCAAUCCCGCCUUAUACACAUUAGGAAAUAACUCAACAACCAGACCUGAAGGUGCUCCAGGAAUAUCCACAUUGCAAGCUCUGACUGACUCUUCGGGCAGCGGAAAAGGAAUGCCUUUGCUUGUGCAGAUGACGAUAUCAAGACAGUUCAACUUGGUCAAACAGAUCGGAGAGGGCGGCUUCGGAUCUGUGUGGAAAGCAACUUGGUAUGGCGACCCGAUUGCGGUGAAGAUAUUCUCGACCAGAGAAGAGGAGAGUUGGAAGCGGGAAAAGGAGAUCUACCAGACAAAUCUACUCCGACAUGACAAUAUAUUGGGCUUCAUCGCGGCGGACAUCGGAGGCACAGGAUGUUCUACACAGAUGCUGCUCAUCAUGGAAUACCACGAGUAUGGAUCCCUGUACGACUUCCUCCAGAAUCGAACCCUGGACGUCUCGCUUAUGCUGCGCCUAAUGUACUCUAUUCUUGCCGGAGUGAACCAUCUCCAUAAUGAAAUCGUAGGCUCAGAAGGCAAAGAGCAAGGAGACAACAGGAGGUCGCAGAGGAAGCCGCCAAUUGCCCAUCGUGACCUGAAGAGCAAGAAUAUUCUGGUGAAGAACAAUCUGACCUGCUGCAUUGCAGAUUUAGGACAUUGUGCGAGGUAUCUGUGGGAAGAGAAUAGGAUAGACACUGGACACCAACAGGCGGGGCUAGUGGGCACGAAAAGGUACAUGUCCCCUGAAGUGGUCGCAGACUGCAUGGACAGGACCAGAUUCGAGGCAUACAAGGCCUGUGACAUGUACAACUUGAGUCUGGUGUUGUGGGAGAUUGGGAGAUGCACUGCGAAUACAGUUAGUGGAGUGACUGCAUCCGCCUACUGUUACCCCUUCCACGACGUGCUCCCAAAUGACCCGUCUGUACAGGAUGUCUACCAGGUGGUGUGUGUGAACAAGAUGCGUCCCCCAAUCCCACCAAUCUGGUCACGUGAUCCCGUCUUCAAAACCAUCUCCAGAAUCAUAAUGGAGUGCUGGACGGAAGACUGGCAAGCGAGACAUUCGGCCUUACGGGUUAAAAAGACAUUGUCAACGUUGAUGGAGGAAAAUCAGAGAAACGUGAUGUCAAAUUUGCAAUUGGAGAUGAAGAAAGCGGCACAGUUCGAAGAUAAAAAUAUCGAGCAAAGAGGAAUGCAUUAUACUGAAACGAUUGCGUAAUAUGACAGAAGAUUUGCACCGAAAUUAAGUUACGCACAAAAAGAUGUCAGAUUAAACUUAGUGAAAGAAAUCUGAAGUAUAAACCGAAAAUGAUAUGUACCAAAGCCCUGGUAGAUUCACGCAACAAUUUAACUAGACUGUUGAACUUGACCUUGGAUUAACCAAACUCGAAGAAAUUAUUCAGUAUGCUGCAGCGAACAAUUUCAGCACAAAGUUGGCAAAAUUGGAAUGUGAUAAUUAAUCUAAAUAUAACUGCUUCCGGAAGCUUUUCGAUUGAUAAAAAAUUAAAAUAUUUCAUGGAGGAACAAUAAAAAAUCAAGAGCAGCAACUCUCGGACCAACAACUUUAAAAAACGUCUUCGGGAGAAGUUAUCUCCUAUUAGUUCUUUCAUCUAUCUUAGAAAUUUAAUCCUAUCUAACAGCAUAGUGGGCUUCUGAUAUUCGCUUUAAAAAACUACUUCGAAAAAUGGUACUAAUAGUUUAUAUCCAUUAUAUCGCAAUCAAACUUUGAUACAAAUGGGAUCAACCGAUUUAGUUUUUUUGGAACCUUUUUAUCUCAAACCGCCAGGAUAUUUUUUUUGGAUAAAUUAUUCCUAAAGUUUCUCUUAGCCGUUCAAAGUAGUUUAAAUGGCGGUUGAUUCCUUUUUGCACUUUAGCAUAGUUUCGAGUGAAACAGGUCAAACUGAUUGAAAUACAGUCACCUAUGUAAAUUAACUGCUUCGUAAAUGCAAACUAAUCUGAUUAGAUAAUCGAAAGUGUUGUUUAUUAUUUAGAGCAAUCAAUUGCUAGAGCACAAAAUAGUAAAAGUUUCAGCGAUGAGUACCAAAAAACACUGAGUUUGACGGAACAUAUGCUUUAGUUUCGAACUAUAAUUACCAAACAAUGGAGUA